AUGUCUUCCUUACUAUCUCAACGACUGCGUUCUGCGCCAAACGUGUUGAUCAUAAACUUGGCCAUUUCUGACCUAAGUUUUGCCGCAAUCAAUGGAUUUCCGCUGAAAACAAUAUCGGCAUUCAAUCAACAUUGGAAUUGGGGUAAGACGGGUAGCUACAUUCCGGAAGGAUUUCACACAUCUUGCACAUUCGAUUAUCUGUCUUCUGAUCUGGGAAAUCUGCUGUUCAACGCCGGAAUGUAUUUGUUUGCUUUCAUCUGCCCCGUCACUGUGAUCAUAUUCAGUUACGCUCAGAUUAUCAAGGCCGUGCAUGACAGCGAGAACUUUGGGGAUGUGAAGUGUUCAAGACGUCAUCGAUCAAACGCGCCAUCAAGCGAUGCUACGUGCACAUGCACUCCGGAUCCACAUGCAGACACAAAAUCCGCAUACAUAUGCGCCAAUCGAAAUUCUGUUAUUCAUUUGCUAACCAUGAAUGAUUUUAUAGAAGGCCAUUCAACAUCGAUAACGGCAACUGCGCGAUCAGAUAUUCAAACUGUUAAACUCUCAGCAGUGUUGGUUCUGCUCUACUUGGCUUCGUGGGGGCCGUACGCGUUCAUCUGUUUUGUUUCGUUGCUCGGGCAUCGAAAACAUUUGACCCCAUUUACAGCCGAAAUACCGGUGCUGUGUGCAAAAAGUUCCUGUAUGUUUAAUCCGAUUGUCUACGCUCUGAUGCAUCGCAACUUUCGCCAGGAAUUGUUCUUACGUCUCGGAAAUUUCGGAUUCCCUUGUUGCGACAAACAAGUCAAUAAUUCGGAUGCAAUAAGUACGAUUCCAGAACCCGGAAAAGCAAACAUUAUCAUCACGGACGCAAGCCCUGACACACCGGAAGCAUCUCAAGGUCAUGCAACGAAAUAA